GAGUCCGCGACGCUGAGCGCCCGCGCGUCUCUCGUGUCCCGUGUCUCCUCCGCUCGGCGAAGAUGGCCUCCGACGGGCUCCACGAGAACGAGACGCUGGCGUCGCUCAAGAGCGAGGCGGAGAGCCUCAAGGGCAAGCUGGAGGAGGAGCGCGCCAAGCUGCACGACGUGGAGCUGUACCAGGUGGCUGAGCGAGUAGAGGCCCUGGGCCAAUUUGUUAUGAAGACCAGAAGGACCCUCAAAGGCCACGGGAACAAAGUUCUCUGCAUGGAUUGGUGCAAGGAUAAGAGGCGGAUUGUGAGCUCAUCCCAGGAUGGGAAGGUGAUCGUGUGGGACUCCUUCACUACUAACAAGGAGCACGCGGUCACCAUGCCCUGCACAUGGGUUAUGGCUUGUGCUUAUGCCCCCUCGGGCUGUGCCAUUGCCUGUGGAGGUUUGGAUAAUAAGUGUUCUGUGUAUCCUCUGACCUUUGACAAGAAUGAAAACAUGGCAGCCAAAAAGAAGUCCGUUGCAAUGCAUACCAACUACCUGUCAGCCUGCAGUUUCACCAACUCUGACAUGCAGAUUCUGACAGCAAGUGGGGAUGGGACCUGUGCCCUGUGGGAUGUGGAGAGUGGGCAGCUGCUGCAGAGCUUCCACGGACACGCGGCUGAUGUGCUGUGCUUGGACUUGGCGCCUUCAGAGACGGGCAACACCUUUGUAUCUGGGGGAUGUGACAAGAAAGCCAUGGUGUGGGACAUGCGAUCUGGCCAGUGUGUGCAGGCCUUUGAAACCCAUGAGUCUGACAUCAACAGUGUCCGGUAUUACCCAAGUGGAGACGCCUUUGCUUCAGGAUCAGAUGAUGCUACGUGUCGCCUCUAUGACCUCCGGGCGGACCGAGAAGUCGCCAUCUACUCCAAGGAGAGCAUCAUAUUCGGGACAUCCAGUGUGGACUUCUCCCUCAGUGGUCGCUUGCUGUUUGCUGGAUACAAUGAUUACACCAUCAACAUCUGGGAUGUUCUCAAGGGGUCCCGAGUCUCCAUCCUGUUUGGCCAUGAAAACCGUGUCAGCACUCUGCGUGUUUCUCCUGAUGGAACUGCUUUCUGUUCCGGAUCAUGGGAUCACACCCUACGAGUCUGGGCUUGAUUGGCUCACAGUACACACGUAGGUACUAGAGAUA